UAUUCUUUUUUUUCUGAGUUGAAAAUGUUCGGAUCAUCUUCGGAUGAUAUUCGCGAGAACACCUCGACUUUUUCCGAUCUUCAAAUGUGAGUGUCUUAGCCCAAGUAAGAAGCGAAUCUUUUGUUAUUGUCAAAAAGGAUGACAACUCUAAACUUUGAUGAAGAUGAAGUUAACUUGAAUAACAAUGUAGCGCUACAAGAAGAAGCAGCCAUUGUGAAUGACUCUAGUGUUUAUCAAGUAACACUGUCAGAACCCUCAAGUUCUGCAAGCAAUGGUCAACAGUAUGCUGUUAUAACUGGCCUACCAUCUACAGUGGAACGACUCCUCACUGACCUCUUGAAACAAACUCAAGAGAAUUCAGGACUUCUACAGCAAGCAUUGGCUGAGCUGCAUGAAUUGAAACAACAAGUGCAAAACCAAAAGAAAUUUCCAUUCACUGUCAAGACAUGUGGAUUCGAGAGGGAACUGGUGUUAAAAGCAAAAGAAAUAUUUGUUACAUAUGGACCAUGGCUUGUCAAUGGUUCUUUGGAUAAAUUAAAGGAAAAAAUUGAGGUCCUGUUAGGAGGAGCUGAUAGAGUUGAUGCCCACCAUGUGGCCAGUUGUGUAUCAUAUUGCAAAGAAAAAUACACAUUAUGGAGAGCAGACAUAAGAAAGAAGGUUCUCAACAGAAAAUUAAAUCAUCUGAAAAUAGCUGAAUUCACUAAUAAGUUGUAUGCCCCCUUCAAGACCAAGGAGGAAGAGAUGAAAAAUGCUACAAAGACUGCAAUGCUACUGCGCAAGUUUGCUAGUGAGACUGGCUACUUUGACGAGACAUCAAAAUCAGACUUUUGGGACAAGUUUGUUGACUUUGCCAAUGCAUGGAACAAAAACAAAAUUUCAAACAAAUGGACAACGCUGAGGACUGAAGAUGAAUCCAAAUACACAGAAACACUUGAAACAUCACAUUAAAAGUUAUCUAAGGUUAAAUAGGACUGUGCCUUUUAAAAUAUAACCUCAUACUUACACUUUGUAAACUUUGGUCCAACAUUUCAUUAUUUUACAAUGUUAUAUUUUAAUGAUGUACAAAAUGAAGGAAUCUUUUCAGCUUCAUAGCUGACAGUUCUGAUAUUUACAUCUCUAUGUAAGAACCUCUUGAUAAUGUUCCUAUGGGAUCAGUUAAAUUGAAGGCAGUGUAUAUUUCAAAAUCAUAUUUCAUAAAUCACUUACAGCUAUCCUUACAGUAAGUUAGUUGUAAGUAUAUAAUGUAAAAGGGCGGCACUAUUUUGCUGAGAUAGAACUGUUAUUGAAUUUCUGUACAAGCAACUUGUUCAACUUGGGAUAUAAUUUUUGAGAAUAAGUGGCUUGCAAAAAUUUGAGUCAAAAAUGACAUACUGUUUUUAAGAAGUAUACCACAAUCAAAAUACUUUUUCAGGCUUACACAUUUUAUUUUAAAAAGGUUGUAAUUAAGAAACAAAUUUUUGGUCUAGUAAUACUGCAGUUUGUCCUCAAGUGAAUUCUAUUUUUUAUUUUAUGUUGCAUAAACACCUUUGCUAUGUACAGGUAAGUGUUGGUCACCUUAUUUCUGCAAAGUACAUUACUCACUGAGAUGGGUUGCCUAGAAAUUUUUUUUUGUUUAUUUAUUUGUUAUUUAAUCUGCUCUACAUGUAGAAAGUAGUAAAUGGAAAAGGAAAGUCAUUCUAGGAAGUCAGUAAUAUUGCCCUUCAACACUGUAGUUGUAAUCUCUGCAAAUUAUGUUCAUGUAGCCAAGUCUCAACCCCUUUGUGUCUCUCUGUGCUUAUCAAAAGAAACAGGGUGUACAAAGGUGCAACAAUACUUACCCAUCUCUUUUUGAAUAAAAUAUAGAUAAUUAUUAAAUGUUA